AUGGCUACUGCUGCAGUCACCUCAUUCUCACUGUUUAGGAAUUGUGCAGCAACAACUGUGAGAGCUUUUGUGACAAUGAAAGCCUCCAACACCAAUUUCACAACUUCCCUUCUUCCUCUGCACUCUCACAGAUCCAUGUGCCGUGUUAGCGCUACAAACAACGAGGAGGCUACUGCAAAGGUAGCUGCAGUGAAUGCCGACACUAGAGCUCCAAAAAUAUUUGACAAGAUCAUAUCUAAGGAAAUCCCAUCAAGCAUUGUAUAUGAGGAUGAUCUGAUCUUGACAUUUCGUGAUAUCAAUCUGCAGGCUCCUGUUCACGUUUUAGUCAUCCCAAAGCUCAGGGAUGGAUUAACCGGCCUGGGAAAGGUAAUCUAUGGCCCUUUUUUGUCACCUGGGCGACCAACUUUCCGAGCAGACCUCGAUCUUCAGCCUCCGUCUCUGGAUUAUUGUUGGGGCGCAGACAACCUCUCUUCUCUUUCUCUCAGUCCUUAA